AUGGAUACUCAACGACAGCACCACUCCGGGAAGAAGCCACUGUCGGGCGCAUCGAAAAGACCUGACGCAUUCUGGAGUUUGAUUGUGCCUUCGGCACGCCUAAAGAAGGGAAGGCUAGAUCACAAUAAGGGAGCCACUCCAGCACACCCUCAAUUAAGCCAUGCUGAAGAGCUCAAGGGCACACAACCAGCGGUUCGCAAGAAUAAGGGAACCCCUCAUGUCAUCACAAGAGCAGAUGCAACAGAUCUUCCCCCCCAUCUUGGUGUGACGCCCAAAGACCCCAAAUCCAUGGAAGGCAGAGCGAAAGGAAGACCAGAAUCCGGCACGAGAGAAAAACCAGUAGACCUUGAUGCUAGCACUGAUGAAGAUCGCAAAGGCACACAGGCUCAGCCUGGGAUACGCAGAGAGAAAAGAAGAUCGGAAUCCACCGCUCGAGCACAACCAGCACUCCCUUAUAUCAGCCUUGCCGAACAGCUCAAGCGUAAACAGCCUGUGGAGAACGAAAAGCAUGUUGACAAUGGUGGGCUCUUUGAGGGCGGGUUUUUGGCUCCGACCUCUGCGUUAAAUAUGGACGGCAAAGACGAAGAAUCUUCUGGAGGGCCGGACAACAUAGAAGGGUCGGACGAUGACGAGGGAUACCUCGAGGAUGACGACGAGGAUGACAGCGAGACUGCCUCUGAUGCUUCGAGUCCUGCUAAACAGAGAUCCCAACCCUCGUAUGGGACGCCUCGAAGAGCAAGUGCCAGAAUCCGAGGAAGUAGGUGGAAGUUGUUCAAGGAGCUCAGCGAGCCAACUGCACCAAAGCGGAAGAAGGCACCUUCCCAACCAGCAAGCGCCAAAGGUGAAAGACCAAGAAAGAGAGUCAAAUUCAGGGUCGAGAAGUCUGACGAAGAUUCUGACCAAAAUUUUGGCGAGGAAGAGGACGAGGAGGAGGCCUCUAACAGGAGCGUGCCUUACAAAGUGAAUCGCCGAAUCAAAGCCUGCGCUCAGGGAAAAAAGUUGUCAAUUCUGCCGGCAGUGCCUCCGCUCUCAAGGCAGUACCAGCCAUGGACCGAGAAGGAAGAUGAGACCUUAUUCAGUCUACGAAACCAAGGCAAGAGUUGGACAUACAUUGGCGAACGUAUACUUGGCAGAACAACGAAAGGAGCCAAGAGCCGUUGGGACAUUUUGAGAACCGAGUCUCUACGUCCCGUUGAGAGUCGAGCCAAAGGGCCCAGUCGACGACUGCAAUCUUCGGUUGUAUCUGUGAUGGCCAAAACCCCAAUGAUAAACAAACCCUGGUCCAAAGAUGAAGAGGAAAUUCUGAUGAGGUUACGCACUCAAGGUAAGCGUCUCAAGUAUAUCUGUAGGCAGAUUCGGGGUAAAUCAUACGCCGCGUGUAAGAAUCAUUGGCGCAAGAUCAAAGGCCAGUAUCAGCAGACGGUCACGGCUCCUAGAAAUCUUGAAUCUGACGGGAAGGGAGAUCCAUCAGAUCGCCGGGAUACUCGGUUUUCUUCUGCAAGCCAGCUUGACCAAGAGGCAAAAGAUGCCAAGUCAGACUCAAGUUCUGCCAUUGUUGAAUGCAAGCAUCCUAGGCCAAGCACCGAUGGCGAUUUACCCAUCGACCCUGAUGUCAGUAUCUUAUCAGCAACGCAGCCGUACCAAGAGCCCAUAGCAGUCCAUGUGAACCUAGCAUCUACUGUUGCUAGCAAGAGUCCCAAAUUCAAGGCCACUUCGAAAGAUCACCACGAUCAGCAGGCUUCAAACGCCCACGCGGUUGGCGAGGAUCUCUCAGCCAAUAUUAAUGGUUCAGCACACCCGAAUCAGUCGGGCCCGCAAGAUGUCAUUGCUAGAAGAGAUCCCGAGACCAAGAAGGAUGGGUCAUGUCAGGGAAAUUUACUGCUUGUAUCUCUCUCUGCGCAAGGAACGCAUCGCCGGUCGCGUUCCUGGCCGCAAUGA